AUGCAUUGGUUCAGGACUUGGAAUCAACCGGAAAUAACAGUACAACAGCUAAUGGCUCAUUUGGACUCCAUCAGGAAAGAUAUGGUCACCCUAGAGAAAAGUGAAUUUGCAAAUCUGAGAGUGGAGAAUGAGAAUGAAACCAGUCGAAUCAGAGUAGAUAAUAAACUGGCUACCAACCUAGAAAGGCGCACAGUAACAGAUAUGUUUACAGAUCAAGAAAAGAAACUUAUGGAAGCGACCACAGAAUUUACCAAAAAGGAUACUAAAACCAAAAGUAUUAUUUCAGAGACCAGUAAUAAAACCGACUCUGAAAUUGCUUCUUUAAAAACACGAAUGGAAUCUAACAAGCUUGAGACAAUUCAUUAUCUUGCAGCCUCAGUGUUUACUUGCCUGGCAAGAGCAUUGGGAUUUUAUAGAAUCUGGAAAUAG